AUGGAGAACUUAGCUUCGCUCGCAGCUUCAACUGGAACAUUUCCCACACACCAAUUCCCCUUUAAAAUUCAACACUCUUUCUUUCCGCUUCGAUUCACUUCCCGAACCACCUUCCUUCGAAUUCCACAUCUAUGUUGCCAAACCAGACAAUGUCGCUCCAACGCAUUUUCCACCAAACAAGACCUUAUCGCACUUCAACAAGAAGAAGAAGAAGAAGAUGAAGAAGAACAAACAGCUUCAUAUUCAGAUGAUGAUACAUCUUUCUUAUCCCUCAGCGAGAAACCCGACCGGAAUUUUGGUUUGCUGGAUGAUUAUGAAACUGAAGAACUCGAUUAUGAUUGCGGUCCUAAUCACCGAAGCGGGUAUGUGGCUUUAGUUGGAAAGCCGAAUGUUGGGAAGAGUACACUAGCAAACCAAAUGGUUGGCCAAAAAUUGUCUAUAGUUACGGAUAAACCUCAAACAACAAGGCAUCGGAUUCUUUGUAUAUGUUCUGGCUCAGAUUAUCAGAUGAUACUUUAUGAUACUCCUGGUGUUUUAGAAGAGCAAAGGCACAAGUUAGACUCAAUGAUGAUGCAAAAUGUUCGCAGUGCUGCAGUUAAUGCUGACUGUGUGCUGUUUCUCGUUGAUGCAAGUAAAGCGCCUGAAAAAAUCGAUGAAGUGUUAGGAGAAGGCAUGAGAAACUCGAAAGAUAAACCCCCCGUUCUAUUGAUUAUGAACAAGAAGGAUCUUAUCAAACCUGGUGAAGUUGCAAAGAAACUUGAGUGGUAUACAAAAUUUACUGAUGUUGAUGAGGUUAUACCAGUUAGUUCCAAGUACGGUCAGGGGGUUGAAGAUGUCAAGAACUGGAUACUAUCAAAGCUUCCUAAUGGACCAGCUUAUUAUCCAAAGGACAUUAUCAGUGAACAUCCUGAAAGAUUUUUUAUAGCUGAAAUCAUACGAGAAAAGAUUUUUUUGCAGUAUCGAAAUGAAAUCCCCUAUGUGUGUCAGGUGAAUGUUAAAAGCUAUAAGACCCGGCCAAAAGCAAAAGAUUUUAUACAAGUGGAGAUUUUGGUUGAGAGAAAGUCCCAAAAGAUUAUCGUUAUUGGAAGAGAAGGAAAAGCUUUAAAACUACUUGCAACAGCUUCCCGCCUUGACGUUGAACAUUUUCUGCAGAAGAAAGUUUUUCUUGAGAUUCAAGUAAAGAUUAAAGAAAAUUGGCGACAAGACGAAGGGUUUCUUAAGCACUCUGGUUAUGGGGGUCAAAUAGGUGUUGUAUAA